AUGCCGUUGUACCUGAAACAGAAUGGAUUGGCCACUGCGACAAUGGGCCAAACGGCGGCUUAUAAAAGAGGUCUGAAUCCAGCUCUUAGUCAUCAGUCGAGUGCUCUCCAUCGCUCCAAUUGCAACUUCAACUUGUUCGUCAUGAGUGUCUUGCAUUCCAGCAUCGCCUUCUGCCUGAUCCUAAGCGUUCUCUGCGCUGUUCAGGCUGGGAUUAUUGCCAGCCAUCCGGAUGAACUGAUUGCCAGUCCUGCCCAGUACGAGUUCCACUACUCGGUCCACGAUAGCCACACUGGCGAUGUGAAGGAUCAGUUCGAGCACCGACGUGGCGAAUACGUAACGGGUCGCUACUCCCUCAUAGAACCCGAUGGCCACCGUCGCAUUGUGGACUACACCGCCGAUCCGCUGCUGGGUUUCAAUGCUCAAGUUCGUCGGGAACCGAUAUCUCGCUACUGAGAUGGUUUCUUAGGGGAAGUAAUAAAGGACUUGCACAACUGACCGGAUACGAUUUGGCUCACUUAAUUAUAAGCAACCAUGA